GCUCUGUCUCUUAUCGACAGCGAGAGAAUAGACUAGUCUACUAGUACCGCAGUCCAGCUGAGAGAAUCCCCGUGGUCAAACUCACGCAGACAGCAGACAGCAAGCAAGGGAUGGUCUCCAAGAAACACAAAACGUUGAUUGGGGACCAUGAAGUUUUCAGGAAGGACUAUUACCACCAGCGAUGAGAUAGAAGAAGCUGAAAGAGAAGCCAACAAUGAAGACGAAAGCUUUGAGGUUUUGGACAUUGUGAACGCCAGGAUCCGUGGAUUCACAGAGGAGGAGCUCCCAAAAAUGGAAUCAUUUUCAGAACGAGGAGGAGCAGAUGCACUGGCACAAGGAGGUCCUCUUAGCACCUCACCCAAAGAAGAAGCAAAAGAACAGGAAAGCAAGAAGAUUGAGGCACGAGUGCAAGGAACCCCAGAAGACAAAAUGUUCCUUGUGGGGGUUUUAACAGAACGACAGGAAGCAGAAUCGCCGUUAAGACAGGCUAUGAAUGUGGCAGCAUCCACAGAUGAUUUUGAUCUAGAAGACCCCCCUUCUCCGCCUCCGAUAAUCCUGAUGCGUCAUGACGAAGUGGCCAGCAGAAACUCUGGCGUGCCUGGUGCCUAUUAUGUGGCACUCGGCCUUGAACUUCCAGUAUCUGCCACCAUGUACCCAAUGCUUGCAGCACAUCCAGUAGCUGAGAUUGAGAACCACUCCAACCUUCAAUAUGAAGUAGUCCAAGAAGGCUCUCUUGGUAACAGCGACUUGGCUGUGGCAAACCCAGUGGAUGACACCAUUCCUCAAGAUCUUCCCCAAGCUCAAGAGUUCGAACUUCAAGAAUCAACAAGAGACCCGAAUGACAAGAAAUACAAGAUCAUCCUUCUAUUGGGAGCCAUCGCAUUGGUGGCAGUCAUGAUCGUAAUUGUGUACAUCCUGGUUCAUGGAAAGAAGGAUGACAGUGUAGCUCCAAUGACUGCAGUUCCAACCGGUACUCCAUCAGCAGCACCAUCCCUGUCUCUGGAGGGAACCAUCAAGGCAUUGCUAGAAUUGGAGACCCCGUCCGCUUUGGAAGACCUAGAGUCACCUCAGUUCAGGGCAUUUGAAUGGUUGUUGGAAGAUCCCAAUCUUCCCUUCUACUCAGAUGCUCGCGCAAGGCAAAAGUUUGCCUUGGCGUCACUUUACUAUGCCACCGGUGGAGAAACUUGGUUGGAUAAUACCAGUUGGCUUAACCAUAGCAUACAUGAGUGUGAAUGGUACAAUGCGCCAAAUUUUGCCCUGAAGGAUACAAUGGAGUUGAUAUACCCAGGGUACAUGUCUGGGUUUUUCCCUCCCUCCGAGCCACCACCAGCACGCUGCAAUGAAGCUGGCAUGUAUCAAAAUCUUUGGUUGGAUCGAAACUAUCUUGUGGGCUACCUCCCAGAAGCGCUCUACAUGCUAACAACUCUAGAGACAAUGUCUCUUGGAUGGAAUCAGCUUGAUGGCGUACUGUCUGGCCGAUUGGGACAGCUCACUGAUUUGGCGGGGCUGGUCAUUUAUGAUCAGCCAACUGAUGGCAACAUCCCCUCGGAGAUUGGCCUUUUGACCACACUGAGGGGCCUUGUCUUUACCAACAGCAACCACCAAGGGCUCCUUCCUUCAGAGUUGUGGCAGCUGACCAAUCUGGAGCAAUUGAUUCUAAUGGACCAUAUGCACAUGCAGGGAACCAUUUCAACUGAGGUGGGAAUGCUCUCAAAAUUGAAAUGGUUUGUUCUAGACAACAAUGACAUCUCUGGCACUAUUCCAACAGAGCUUGGGCAAAUAGAGCCUUUGGAGUGGAUUCUUUUGGGGCGGACCAGGAUAUCUGGAUCCAUCCCAAGUGAGCUAGGCUUUUAUCCCAACAAGCAUAAUCUACACUUACUUGGCAAUGACUUGGUGGGGACAAUCCCUAGUGAGUUGGGUUUGCUCAGUUCUCAUAUUCGUAUUUCAUUUUGGAACAACCACAUCACGGGCACAGUCCCAAGUGAACUCGGUCUCCUCAAGAAUCUGGAAGCUGGUUUGGAUCUGGCCAGAAAUCUGCUAACAGGAGUCAUCCCAACAGAGCUUGGACUGUUGACAGGGCUACACGACCUUUUGCUGGAGCAGAACCAACUCUCGGGCCAGAUCCCCAGUGAAUUUGGUGAACUUUCAAGUCUGCGAAUCAUAAGCUUGGUGAACAAUAGCUUGUCAGGCUCCGUCCCUGUGGAACUAUCAUCUCUACAACAGACACUGCACUCCUUAUUGUUGGAAGGAAAUGCAAUGUUGACUGGAACUAUCCCGGAGUCCCUUUGCCAUGUAAAUGGAACCUGUGUCAUAUUAACAGGUUUUCCCCAUUCAUGUUCAGGACGAAUGGGGGUGUUCUUUGGGUGUACUGAUCUCCUCUGUGGCUGUGAUUGUUCCUGUGGUGGGGCCUGAAGAUGAUGGCUGUCAAGAAGAGUCGAUAGUCAGGACUGGAUUCCGUGGGAUCAGGGGAUAUGAAUUUGAGGACCAGUACGGGGGCCAAAGGGCUUGGCUUUGAGGGAUCGUCGGAGACAUUGAUGUGUAGUUUUUAGGUACUGUUUAUAUCUGGCUCCGUAGCAACAACAGAUUAGGCUCUUUACAGAUACAUUGGCA